AUGGCAACGACAUUUCUUGUGUCACCUUUCGAGGUCGGACCCUUUUUGAAGAAGGAUGAUGUGACAGUUGGCAGUCAGGAAUGGUUCAACGAUGUCUGGGAGGUGACGAAGAGUGUCAGCAAAGCGACUGAAGAUACUGUCAAGAGCAAAAUAAGUGAGCAUGUAGACUGGACUCAGGGCCCAGCUGCGUUUGGUGGUGUUGCACAUGCCAUGGAAGCGAUGAAAGCUGGCCAUCUCACAUCACCACCCGGUAUGUUUACGCCUAUAUCGUCCCCCGGUUUGCUGGACGGCACGCAUCUUCAGGGGACCUACGGUAAAGACGAUCAAGGUGAUAGUCCGGCGUUGAAGCUUGAUGAUUUUUCUUUUUACUCAAGAGUCAGCAACCUAUUUGGUCCUCAAACUUGGGCAUGGACAGCGUUGGGAAAGCUCAACACUAUAUUGGUUAUGCCUGAUCCCCGUAUACGUUCUGUGCCAAACCUUCAGUGGUGGGAUCUUUUCAACGCCUCGAUUGAAAGUAUCGCAAACGAUAGCUCCGAGUAA